AUGACGGAGGAAACCAUCAUCCAGGAUCUGUCAGGGCCCCCCCAGCUGUGUCCAGAGUCCAGGUCCCAGGGCGGAGCGGGGUCCUUCACCGACGAGGCCUUCUCCAUCCUGACCUCCACCAGCCAGCUGGCCCGGACUCUCCUGGGUCGCACCAUGGCCGUCAAACGCAAAGACAGCGACGCCGUGGCGGUCAGCAGCUGCGACGAAGACAACGGCGGCAGCGCGCGCCGCAAGCGGGAGUUCACCCCGAACGAGAAGAAGGACGAGGGCUACUGGGACAAGAGGAGGAAGAACAACGAGGCCGCCAAACGCUCCAGGGAGAAGCGGCGAGCCAACGACAUGGUGCUGGAGAAGCGGGUUCUGGACCUCCUGGAGGAAAACGCUCGUCUGCGGGCUGAACUGCUGGCCCUCAAGUUUCGCUUUGGCCUCGUGAAGGAUCCGUCGGACGUGUCCAUUCUCCCGCUGUCUGCACCCCUCCGCCCUCACUCGACGCCCUCCACCACGCACUGCUACCAGGCCCACGGUGAUGGGCCCCCACACGCCAGUGCCCAGAGCGGUGGCAGCACCCACCACCUCCACCCUCACCCCCAGCCCCCGCCGCAGGGGGUCGUCUACGGGCCGAGGGCAGCCGAGCCUCUGAGUCAGACCGAGGAGUCCGGGGUCUCCACCUCGUCCAGCUCAAACGUGGGCAGCCCCGUGUUCUUCGACGACUCGCUGGGAGAGUACGGCAGGCCUUCGGCGAGGGAGCUGGCGGACGAGGCCGGCGAGAGCCAGUACCUCCACAGACAGGACUCCCUGGAGGGUCUGAGGAGUCUCCCGCACAAGCUGCGCUUCAAGGGCCCCGUGGGCAGCGGCGACGGAGGGGACAUGUGCGCCUCGCCAGAAGGCAGACACAGCGGCCCGCCCGUCGCCAUGGUGGGACCGAACAUCCAGAUGAGGAGCCAGCAGCCGGCUGCUUGGGACGGUCGGGUGGAGGCUCACGCCGCCUGGCCCAGGGAGGAAGCCUACGGUGGAGUGGAGCAUCAGGGAGCCCCCUCUGGAUAUUAUCCCACCUCUGCUUUACCAGCCUCAAGAGACAACAAGUGUUCCCCAGCAGAGGACGUCAGCCUCAGGUCCCAGAUCAGCUGUUUGUCUCAGGAAGUGGCUCAGCUCAAGCGGCUUUUCUCUCAACAGCUGCUUGCUAAGAUUUCCUAAAACCUGGAUAAACGAGGGUUCAAA